AUGGAUCUUAGUCGAUAUUUUAGCAUCAGGAGGCGUCAGCGCUCAAGAGACACGCAAGGUGUGGAAAGAGAGAACAUUCAAAGCUACCUUCCAUUGUUGGCUUCGCCUAUCAACGAAGAUGCACGUGAGGCAUUGUCGAAUCGCGCCUCAGAUGUGGAGAAGUUGACCAUCGCAAUGGGCACGGCAGAGAGCUUGGCCACAACAAUACUUGCAGGCAACGGGCGCACAAGCAGUGGGAAUAUCGUCAUCUACAAGCCUCAUCAUGAAGCCAGCACUGUCGAGCUAUUUUACGACUUAUUUUUUGUUGCGAACUUGGGCAAGCGAAAUCCAAUUGUGUCAUCAAAUGGUGCGCUGACAUAUCUAGCCUACUUUACUGCUAUGCAUCAACACACCGAUGCUCAAUCACUCGUCAACUACCUGAAGUUGUUCACGCUAUUAUGGUUCACCUGGCUCAGCACGACGCUUUUCGACGUCCGUUUCAGUUUUGACUCCGUCUGGUAUCGAUUGCAUAAAGCUGUUCAGUUUGGAGUAUUUACCGGCUUUGUAUUCGCCGGGCCUGUCUUUGACAAAUACAGCAACAGCUACGAUGGCGAGUCGUACCGGCAUUUUGCCAUCGUGCUUGUUGUAUCUCGGUGCUGCAUCGCAGUUCAAUACGGUGUUGUGAUGUGGCAAGGCAGAAUGUUCCGUCAGACACUGUUGCCUUUGGGCCUGAGCACUGCUGUCCACCUGGCGGCGGCGGCGGCUUACGCUGUCACCCUGGUUUUCUUUCCGAAAGGCCUGGUUGGACUUGAGGAACAGGUCGCCUGGGUUGUCAUUGCCAUAGUCGAAGGUCUCACCGUUCUACUCAUCGCUAUGACCUGGCGCAUUGUCAGCUUCAAGUACACGCACAUUGUUGAGAGGCUGCAACUGCUCACUUUGAUCAUCAUCGGAGAAGGCAUUAUUGGCAUGAUCAAAAGUGUGGCCUGUAUCACCAAAGGACAGGCCAAGAACAAUGCUACUGAGCUUGGCUCAGUAAUCGCUGCAGUUGUGCUCUUGUACCUUGUUUACAUGCUAUACUUUGACCAAUUCUCGGAAGAUCGCUUCGGUACCUUGCGUCAACAAAUCUGGUCUCUACUUCACUAUCCGCUGCACAUGGCCAUCGUAAUCUGUGUCGAAGGAAACACUGCUUUGAUCGUCUGGAAUUCUGCAGUACAAGCGCUCGUAUUCAUAUGGACUCUUGAGUGUGAAGAUUAUUUUGACCCAGCUGACGGCUUUGAUACCUCCACUGCUUAUAUAGCAUACAUUAACCAAAGCAUGUUCAGCAUCAACAAUCGCUUUCGAAGCAAGAAGUGGGACAGAACAUAUGACUGGAAUCUCAAUUUGACAGCAAUCAACGACUACACCACCACUUACGGUUUCAAGACCGAUGAGUGGAACAAUAAGACGGGCGAUCUGGUCCGGUCUCUUUUCACAAAAGCUCAAGUCUUUGUCUUCGAAGCGCACGCCGACACACUCGCCAAGCUUAAUGCCGUCUCUCCAGGACCGACAGCUGCUCAACAGCCUAGUGCCACUAAGCUAGAAGCCAUCUACGAUGUUUUCAACGUUACCGUCAUGUCGUUCUACAUAAGCGCUGGCGCUAUGCUCCUCGUGCUCGCGAUUCUAUACUGGUUCAACAAAAUGCACAAGACAAAGUAUGAGUUUGGUGAGAUGAUCAAUCGCGUUGUAAUGGGAUUCGCACUUAUCAUCGUCGGCGUUGCGACUGUUGUUGGUGACAAGUCGACCGUUGGGUUCAAGUUCAAAGCAAGUCACUGGAUGAUCGCUAUCGUGGUGCUGUGUUUUGUCGCUGGUAAGUCAUUAGAUCUUCUCAACUGCUUGCAAUUUUUAUGGAAUUCUGUGGAGCAGCAACGAAUAACUCUAACGUCUGAAAGUCUUGUUCUUAGACAACGUCCUUCUGGCCCUCUCUCGAAAGACCUUGCGCCGCAACGCCCGCCGCGGAGCAUCCUGGGGGAAUUCGACAACCUCGACCAUGGAUAUGAGUACAGUAAAUCUUCUCCCCCAAUACCCGCAUAGUCGGAACUUAUCCCGCUCGCCCUCGAGAUCCGCACCAUUGAGUAGAGUCACCAGCACUGCCAACAUGCCGCUGUCACGCACACAAACAAGAAUAUCCGCUCCCGAAAGCUUCAAUUGGACCAGCGAACAUGAUCACGGUCGAUCAGACGUGGCCAGAACUCAGCACAAAGUAGUAGACUUUGCCGACCAUGCCGCUUCGCACAUCCCAUGUCGCUCUCUCGGCGAUACAUCAGACAUAGGUCUUGCGAUUUCUCCACCGCUACCACCACGUGCUCCAAGCAGGGAUCUGAACAAGAGCCGCAAAGGAAAGGAAAGAGCCAGAGUUUACGAGAGUGUAGAUUGGAGUGAUGAGCAGGGGUCAGAUGUGGAGGACGUGAGAUGUUUGGGGAGGAGGGCACGAACAAGUUGA